GCGGCGGCGGGACCAACAGAGUGCGCAUGAAGCUCCACGGCCCCCUCAGGCCGAACGAUUUCAUCUCGCCAAACGGUGACGGCAGCAUCAACGUAGUUGCGCUGUGUGCUGCAGCCACGGCGAAUCGGAUGAAGGUGCUGUUCCUUGGCGAGUGGGACGGGUCAUUGUCCCUCGGGUGCGCGGUUGGAUGCAUGUACCACCAGACGCUCGAUCGGGAACUGGGUAUCGGAAUGGUCUUUGAUCGGGGCAUCGUGCCAAGGCGUUCGUUGAACAACCAGCGCCCAUCCACAUACAAGGAGUUCUACGAGUACGCGAUGCAGUACCGCGCGGUGCAGAUCGUCGAUGAAGCGGCGCGCAUGAAUGCUCCUUGGCCUGAGGACUGGG